AUGGGCGUCUCAGGCCUUCUCCCGCUGCUCAAGUCCAUCCACAGGCCCGUCGAGCUCAAGAAAUUCAAGGGCGAAACGCUCGGUGUCGACGCCUACGGAUGGCUUCACCGCGGAGCCAUUGCCUGCGCCGUGGACCUGGCCCAAGGCAACCCCACACGCAAAUAUGUCGACUUUGCCAUGCACAGGGUAAGGAUGCUUCUGCACUUUGGUGUCAAGCCCUACCUUGUCUUUGAUGGCGACUUCCUACCCAGCAAGGCAGCCACCGAAGGAUCCAGAGCUAAACGCCGCGAUGAGAGCAAGAAGACGGCAAUGGAGCUGCUCAAGGCCGGAAAGCCCUCCCAAGCGCACCUCGAGUUUCAGAAGGCCAUCGACGUGACACCGGAAAUGGCCCGCAAUCUCAUCGACGAAUUGAAAAAGCUGGAUGUCUCGUACGUCGUUGCACCGUACGAAGCAGAUGCUCAGCUCGUCUACCUCGAACGCCAAGGCCUGAUCGACGGCAUUCUAUCUGAAGACUCGGAUCUGUUGGUCUUCGGUUGCAAGCGGCUCUUGACGAAGCUCGACCAGUACGGCAACUGUAUCGAGAUCAACCGGAGGGACUUUUGCGCAUGUCGGGAGGUGUCGUUGACGGGCUGGUCGGAUACCGACUUUCGGCGUAUGGCCAUUCUGAGUGGCUGUGAUUACCUCGAGGGUAUCAACAACAUGGGACUAAAGACGGCUUACCGGAUGUUGCGCAAGUACAAGACGCCAGAACGAUUGGUCCGCAUGUGCCAGUUCGAGGGAAAGCACCGCAUCUCGGAGAACUACCUGCCGCGAUUCUUCCAGGCCGAAUUGACGUUCCUCCACCAGAGAGUCUACUGCCCGACAAAGAAGGAGAUGGUGUUCCUGACCGAGCCCGAAGCGGGUAAGGGCGUUGAGGAUAUGCCGUUCAUUGGUGCUUAUGUCGAACCUGAGAUGGCCACGGCCGUCGCCGUUGGAGAUGUCAACCCAAUGACCAAGGAGACCAUUAUCCCUGCUCCCAUGCCUGGAGGCAAGUCGCCCAAGUCCGACUCUAAGAGGAGACACUCUCAGUCCGCCGAGGCUCUCGCAGCCUCUUCGAACCGCACACGACAAGCCGCCAAGCCUAUCGAUUCCUACUUCAAGGGCCAUCAGCGUAUUCCCAUGGGCGAAAUGGAUAGCAACUGUUUCUCAGUCGACCCAGAGCGUGUUGCCGCCCUCACUCACAACGGCCUAGUACCCCGCGUCUUUCCGCUACCCAGACCAUAUAUCGAAGGAUCAUCCUCACAACCAACCGAAUCUCGCCCUACACGAACCGCCCGUUCAACAACCUCUCCACGUCUACUUCGACGGCGGACAGAACCCAUCAAGAACAUGCUGGAGCAGUACGCCCCAUCCAGUUCUGAUUCUCGUCGCAUCACGCUCGGCGACUCGACGAAUACCAUGGACGAAAUCGAUGCACUGAUGAAGAGCAGCUCUCAACGCCCGCCAAAGAAGGUCCGCCUCUGCGCAGACGCAGACGAAGCCGAAACGAAAUCUGAGGAAUCCCAAAAGAGCAAGUUCUUCCCGAAGAACGAAACGACAAAGAAGAGCAAGAAAGACGGCUUCUUGUUCUCUGACGACUCCAUCGACGAGGCGUUGCUGAACCUCGCGGACAUUGACGCCUGGCACAACCCUAAACCAAAGUCAAUCACAGUCUUUGAGGAAAGCCAGGGCACAGAGGAGAGUCAAGGCACCGAGGCAACCGGCGCGGACAGUCAGUUCAGCAAGGACGAAGAGAUAGCGACAACCCCGCUCAGUGACCUGUCCGACGUGGAGGAGCUGCCCGAAAAGAAGCCCGCACCGGAGACGAGCUCCAGACGGUCGUCUUUGCAGAGGUUUGCGUUCUCUCAGCCGAGCCCUGCCGCUUCGAGUCAGCCCGAUACCCCGGCAACCGCUGUUUCGAGACAAUCAUCCAUCUUCACACCAUCCACCGCCGCCCCGUCCACCGCAGCCUCCUCAGUCACCUUCUCCGCCGGCUCGACCGCAGCGGCAAAGGCAACUCCGAUGCUCACACCGCUCCAACGCAUCGGCGCCCGGGCCCUCCAGCGAAAGAACACCCCGCCGCGCCGGGCCCUGUCUCCCACCAAGAGUGCAAUUCAGCGCAGCCCCAAGCGCAGUCCCCGGAAGAGCCGGCUGCUGAAGUCGAUGCCUGUUAACCCCUCGUUCGUGCCGCUGCCCAAGGUCGACCUCGCAGAAGUCGAGGCUCUCAACGCGCCGUGCGGGAGUGAGGAUCAAAUCGUCCACGAUAGCGACGGUGAGAACGACGAUGAUGUCUUCCGAUCUGACGAAGUUGAAGAGCGGCCCAGAGGCUUGAACCUCUCCCGGUUCGUGUACGGCUGA